GAAAUUAGGAAUAGACAGAAGCACGUGUGGUUCGGUUGAAGUAAUGAUGAAGAAGGAUGUUUUAUUUGACACAAAAUGGUCGGAGUUCAUACAGCAGAGGUGUGUAGUUCGGACAAGGGUAAUUCAGAUCUUGAGGUAUGACAGCUAACUGUCCUGCGUUGCACACAGGGUGGUCCUGUGUCCAACAUUAUGUUCGGUCGAAAAAUAACUCCAAUUUGGGACAAAAAAACAUAAAGUUUACACUUUAAUGGCCUAUAUCUCAGCGUGUGCCCAAUGUGCACUGGUGGGUGAUUUUCAGCUUGCUCGAGAACACCUGCAUGAACCAGGUCUCGUAGAACCGGCGAAAACACUGCAGCGUGAUCAGCGUCAUGGCCAUCAUCGUCUCGGUAGGCGUGGUGCGCACCAUACGCUUGUUGGUUGCCAACGUAUCGAGGAAGGCGAUUACGUAGUCCCGCGCUGGCUACAUCAUAACGGCAAAUCCGGCCACCGACAAGAGGGCAGCAAAGACGUAGAAAUGUAUGAACCACGCCUUCAGGAUCUCCAGCAGGGACACCAAUCGGUCCGAUGAUCCCUUCAGUGCAUGCUUGUCAUACCGGAACGUCUGCCGGAUGGCAGUGGGCAGAUGCUUUUCGAUCGUUGCCAACAGUCCACCGAGCACCACGAUCGUCACGAUAAGGUUGACGAAAAGAAAACUCGACCGAAUAUCGAACCACGGGAACCUGAUGAUAACCGCAACGAAAUGUAAACAAACCGCCAUAAAUGAAAACAACACCAAGUUAA